CGGCAGCAGAAGGUACGGUAUCAGCACUUUAUCCUUAUACUAAACAGCGACGACAUUUUAAUCGACCUCAAUCACCAAAUGGCUCCACCGUCAAACCUUCGCUGUUGAGAAGCCUCAGCUGCCUCCUGAUUGGACAUAAAUCUUCAACUGCAGCUGAGUUACAUCUUAUCCAUUCACUCAGACUUUUUCACCUGAUUUUUCGGGAGUGCAUAACACUUCCCAGCCUGAGCUAGAGCCUGUUGACUCAUGUCUGUUAACGCUGAUGUCGAGGACUGGGGUGGUGCUGGCAGCAAUGACUCUGGAGAAAGGGCAUGGCUCUUACAGAGCCCCAGCGUGGAUUCUGUUCAGCAGCUCGAGCCUGACAGGAGGAGUUCGGGCGUGUCCUCUAUGGGAGCCGUCUUCAUUGUGGUGAAUGCGGCGCUGGGAGCAGGUCUACUCAAUUUCCCCGCAGCCUUUAAUAUGGCAGGAGGUGUAACUGCAGGAGUGGUGCUUCAGAUGUUUAUGCUGAUCUUCAUAAUCAGCGGCUUGGUGAUCCUUGGCUACUGCUCCCAGGUCAGUAAUGAAGCUACUUACCAGGAGGUUGUUCGAGCCACUUGUGGAAAAGUCACAGGAGUUUUAUGUGAAGUUGCCAUUGCUGUCUACACAUUUGGCACCUGCAUUGCUUUCUUUAUUGUCAUUGGAGACCAGCUCGAUCGCCUGAUUGCUGCGGCGGCUCAUAAUGCGGACGGCACAGACUCUCAUUACUGGUACACUGACCGCAAAUUUACCAUCGCUGUGACUGCAGUAAUUGUCAUUCUUCCUCUCUCCAUCCCCAAAGAGAUUGGCUUUCAGAAGUAUGCCAGUGCUCUGAGUGUGAUGGGAACCUGGUACGUUACCAUAGUGGUCAUCAUAAAGUAUAUUUGGCCGGACAAAGAAGUGAUUCCAGGCUAUAUUCCUACCAGUUCUGCUUCCUGGACUGCAGUUUUUAAUGCAAUGCCCACCAUAUGCUUUGGUUUCCAGUGCCAUGUCAGCUCCGUGCCAGUGUUCAACAGCAUGAGGAGGAAAGAGAUCAAACCUUGGGGAGUUGUCGUCACUUUCAGCAUGAUAAUCUGCCUUUUUGUUUACACAGGAACAGGUGUCUGUGGCUUCCUGACAUUUGGCUCCAGCGUCAGUCAGGAUGUGUUGAUGUCAUAUCCUCCCGAUGACAUCGCUGUAGCCAUUGCAAGAGCUUUCAUCAUUAUCUGUGUGGUCACCUCCUACCCUAUUUUACAUUUCUGUGGCAGGGCAGUUAUAGAGGGACUUUGGCUGCGUUUCCAAGGCGAGCAGGUGGAGGUGUGUGUACGUCGUGAACGGAGGAGGAGGAUCCUGCAGACGCUUGUGUGGUUUUUCGUCACCCUCAUCCUUGCCCUCUUCAUCCCAGACAUUGGUCGCGUGAUCUCACUGAUUGGAGGAUUGGCAGCCUGCUUUAUCUUUGUCUUCCCAGGUUUGUGUCUGAUGCAAGCCAAGCUCUCAGAGACAGACAGCAGAUCUGCAAGCUGGCACGGGCUGGUCAUCUUUGGUGUUGCCAUGGUUACACUCGGAGCAUUCAUCUUUGGCCUCACAACAACAAACUCCAUCUAUCAAGACAUCGUCAAUUGAAGGGAAUAGUUUUCAUCAGCCAGUGCUGUCCUCGAUACUGAAGAUAGGGAGGCUGCCCUCAGGUCUGUGCUGCUACUCGGGACCUCUGGGUGAUGGGAAGUGUUUCAUGAACAAACAAAAAAAAAAAAAGAACAAAGCCACACAUCACCUGCUCCAUACUGAAGUGAAAGUCUAGAACCUUUCUAUCAGUCAGGGAGUCACUACACAGCGCAAAGGGACUUCAGACAAUUCAAACAGCAUGUUUUACAUGUUCUACUGUGUCGUCAUUUCAGAGGGGCACAGACGACCUUCUCCCCUCUCUGGACGUAUGGACGACACGUUCCUGUUUACAAGAGCCAAGGGACUUAAUCAAAUUGAUUUUAAUAAUAGAAUUGUACCAAUUUGUGUAAUUUAAUUUGCAUGUCAUAAUGUUCAGACCUAAUUAUGUUGAUGCUGAUUGUUCGUAUACUUGCCAAUAAAAAAAAAAAUAGAAUCAAGUGAUGUUACCACACUAAGACACAGCAUAUUUAAUGGCACAGAGUGGCAUUAAUGCAGGCAGUUUAGUUUGAUUUUGGAGCUUUCAAAAUCAAACUGAACAAGAUAAACCAACACGUUACACUUUAAAGCCGAUUUAGCAAGUCCAGCUAUUUUGUUAUUUCUUAUACAAUUUGUGUUACAGUACAAAUAGAUGAAGGUGGUUUUAUAAUUGGCUUUUAGAUUAGAUCAGAUUACAGCUUUUUUUUUUGUGCAGAUUUGUUAAAAGGAAAAAAAGGGAUGUAACCUACUGCGUUCACUUUGCACUUUAUUUACAGGAAAGGAUGUAGUAGUGCACCUCCAACAGACAGCAGGAAGGAAACCAAGUAAUCAAACUGCAGACACGACUUUUAAAUUUCAAAAAUGAGAUGCUAGAAAUUUGCCUUAAACCAAAGUUGAAACGGUUUUAUUUUUUUUAAUGCCCUGAUAUCCAAAAAUCUAACACUAAAGAUUUCUAGAGCUCAGCUGUUGAUCACUGACAAUGUCAAACUAAAGCAAACAGCUUUUAAUCCUCAUCUUUAACUGUGACAUGGUAACUUUAAGUUCAUUGCAUGUUUUACUUUGGGAUUCAAAUGAUUUUUGUAACUUUGCUUUUAAUGUUUUAUGAAACCCAGCAAGUUAUUUUGUGAACUUGAGUGACAACAGAAAAAAAAAAAAAGACCAGAUGCACUGAUGCAUUUAUCAUAAUUGUGACAAAGCUAAAAUAUGAAAAAUGUGUAUGAACAGUACAAAGGAUCCAUUUUUAAACAACUUGUUUUGCAAUCAUUUUUAUGAUCAUUGAUUUUUAUGGUUUGGUGCUUCAUGUCAAAUGUAAUUUGUUGAUCAUCUGCUUUUAUGAUAUGCCACUGACUUACUGUAUGCUUAUGGAUGAAAGAUGGGACAUUCUUCCAAAGCAUUUGCUAAUCAAUCACAUGUCUGUCUUAUAGAAGUGACUUGAAAAAUAUAUUAAUAGGUAGAUUUAGUAGAAAUAUUUUCAGGAACCUUCAACUACUCCAAUAAAUAAAGUGCAGUUAAUGCAUGUGAAUAAAUGUGACAGUUCACAUCCUGAGUUGAACAAAACAUUUAAUAAAAAAGGAUGGCAUUACUGUUUUUACAGAG